CGGGAAGCACGUGAGUUGGAAAAACAGCAAAUAUUUGCUUGCUUAAGAUAUAGUCUUUUAGUUGUAAGUCAUUAUAUAUGUUUUAUAACUGUUGAUCAUAUAACAGGAGUUAGUCAAUUAUGUUUUAAAGACCCAGAUCUAUCUAGCUCACUUAAAUUAAAAAGAUCCAAAUGCAUAAGUAUAAUUAAAAAUGUGCUGGCUCCUGUUAUUAAAGACGAAAUAAUUUCAGAAUUGGAAAAUAAACCAUUUUCUAUUUUAUUGGAUGAGAGUACAGACCUGAGCAAUACAAGACUACUAUGCAUUCUUGGUAUGUGUAUGUGGUAUGGUAUAUUCAUAAAAAUUCAAUCAAAACCCAUUUAUUAGAUAUAAUUAAAAUAAACGCAGAUGAAGGUACCGCCAAAGGUUUAUAUUCUCUUUUUAAAAAACGCGUUAUAUCCAAUCAAGUAAAAAUUACCAAUAUUGUUGGAUACUGUUCCGACAACGCUAGUGUUAUGAUGGACAACAACGAAUCUUUCAAAACUUAUCUUUUAAAAGAUAAUCCUAAUAUAAUUGUCAAUGGCUGCAUUUGCCACUCUGCUCAUUUAGUGGCGGUGGCAGCAGCUGAAAAGAUUCCAAGCAACGUUGAAGCUCUUUUACAAAACUUAUAUUCUUACUUCUCAAGAAGCCCAAAAAGGCAGUGUGUUCUUGAAGAAUUCCAGGAAUAUUUGAAAAAGUCAAUAUUAAAAAUUUUAAGCCCUAGUAAAACAAGACAAAAAUUGUGUAGCAAAUUUAAUACUUAAUGAGUUACAGAAUCCAUUUGUUAAGGCGUAUUUAAUGUUUUUUAAAUUCGUGUUGCCCAUUUUUAACCAAUUUAAUGCUCUCUUUCAAUCAGAGAAAGUUAUGCUCAAUAUCAUAUAAAUAGAGAGUGAGCGAUUUGUACGUCA